AGCACACAAUGGCACUGAAAGGCUUAAAAGUGAUAGAAAUGGCUGGACUAGCACCAGUUCCAAUGUGUGGCAUGAUUUUAGCAGAUUUUGGAGCUCAAGUGACUAGAAUUGACAAGACCCUCAACUCCAACCUGGACGUCCUUCAAGGCGGCAAACGAACAAUCGCACUUAACCUCAAAAAAUCAAAAGCAACAGAAAUUGUCAGAAAAAUUUGUAAAGUCUCUGACGUGAUUAUUGAGCCAUUCCGUCCAGGUGUGAUGGAGAAACUUGGACUUGGACCUGAAGUUUUAAUUAAAGACAAUCCAAGGCUGAUUUAUGCUCGUCUAACUGGUUACGGUGCUGAUGGUCGUGGACUUUAUGGCAAUCGUGCUGGACAUGAUAUCAAUUACAUAGCAACAUCUGGAGUGUUAAGCAUGUUUGGACGAAAAGGUAAGAAUCCACAGGCGCCAGUCAAUUUUGCAGCUGAUUUUGCUGGUGGUGGACUUCUUUGUGCCUUUGGAAUUUGCACAGCACUUUUGGAACGUGAAAGGUCUGGAAAAGGACAAGUUGUGGACUCGGCAAUGGUUGAAGGAAGUGCUUAUGUAGCCAGUUGGAUGUUUAGGUCACGAGAACUUCCAGUUUGGGGCAAUUCAAGAGGUGAAAAUGUCCUCGAUGGUGCUGCUCACUUUUAUGAAACUUAUGAGACAAAAGAUGGAAAAUUUAUGGCUGUUGGUGCUCUUGAGUCUCAAUUCUAUGCCUUAUUGCUUGAAGGACUAGGGCUGACUGAGGAUCAAGCACCCCAUUUUGGGAAUUUUGAGGAAUCAAAGAAACUUUUUACAAACAUUUUCAAAUCCAAAACACAAGCUGAAUGGUGUGAAAUAUUUGAUGGAGUUGAUGCCUGCGUCACUCCAGUUGUAGACUGGCAAGAUGCUCCAAAUCAUCCGCACAACAAAGACAGAGGAGUUUUUAGACAAAAGACUGAUGAGAGUGACCCAGCUGUGCCUAAUCCAGCACCAAAGUUGAGUAGAACACCAGCAACAUCACAAUAUGGAGUUGGAGUUGAUUGCGACUAUGUUGAGGUGGCUGUUGAGGUUAUGAAGGAGAUUGGGGUGGGGAAGGAAGAGAUGAAAGGUUUGAUUGAUGAAAGAGUGUUGAUUUUGGAUGGAAGGUCUAAGCUGUAGAGAUAAAUGUGGUAUUUUAGGUACUUAUUAUCCUGAACCUUAUCAUUGGUCACUACAGUGGGACUAGUGUUGUUAAAUAAAGUGGAAUCAGGAACAAAAGACAUCGAGAA